GCUACAUACCCGCUCAUUUGGGUAUUGUCGAAUUUGUUCAUUGAUCUCGACCUCUCAUCUGUACGGCUUGUUCGUUCCUCGAACUUUCACCGGAAUUUUCAAUCAUGUCGAGGGCAAGUGGGGGUAGCUUCACCGCUACGGAAGUUGCGAAACACGAUAAAAAAGAGGACUGUUGGGUUGUAGUAAACGACAAUAUUUGGGAUGUCACAAGUGAGUAUCGCUCUCCACCACUCUUCUUAUAAGACGGAAAGCCGACCCGGGCUAGAAUGGCUUAAUGAACACCCCGGCGGCGUUGAACUGAUUUUCGACUUUGCCGGUAAAGAUGCCUCCGAAGGCUACAAUUCGAACCAUGACCCUGAGCUAGUCUUUUCGAAGUUGUCGCGGUCCUCAAACAAGGGUGAGGUGAAAGGGCCGGUCUCCCAAUCAGGCCCUCUUACUCCUCCUCCAAGUCAACGUCGACCUAAGGCCGCUGCUCCAACCACGCCGGUGGCUCCCAUCCCCCUAAAUUACAACCCAACCACUCCGAAGAAGACUACUCCCCUGGUUGAGCCCGAUGAAGAUGAAAAUAUGCAGGAUUAUUUUGCAGAACCACGAGAACUGACAACUCUGGAGCAAUCAUCGAUCAAUACACAGAAGAGACAAGCUGAAUACGGUCUCCGCAUGGCUCACUCAUGGACUGUAUACGACGGGACAUUUGACCCUAUGCCUCAGGAUAAAAGGAGGAAACGGGAUGUUCCAUACCCAAGUUACGUCCAGCAUGCUUUCCGCUCAAGGUCAGGUCUUUCCAACCUGCAGCUCUCCCGCGACGCCCCUGUCUCUAUGUGUGCCUUGGACAUUGCGAACUCGCACGUAUGGAAGUGCAUGCCGGGACUAGUCCGCCGAUACGUCUAUGUUGUCGCGCCGAACGGUCCGGCGCUUUGGAGCGACAACAAAGCAGCUGAAGCGUUCAUGUUUAAGAGGCUGGAUGACAUAAACUAUCACACUCCUGUAUAUGGAAAACCCAAAGAGUAUGAGUACAAGCUCUUUGGCGAUAUGAAAAAGCGACCGUGGCUCAUCUGGCCCUUGUGGGUAGAGGACAAAUACGGCAAGGAUUAUGUUACGGUGGUAUCGUACUCUGAGAGUACUCCUGAGACGGCUCCUCUUUUCCCGAAGCUGAUAUCUUACUCUAUCAUCGACCCGCGCCGGUCGAAAGACAAAGAUGCCGCCGGUCGACAUCAGCCCAUUGCUGCACGCAUACAGCGAAUCCAAGGCCAACUUCUCAAGUUUUGGAAGAAAGGAGGCUUUGACACAACAGAACUUGAGUACAAGGAGAUUCUCUGCAGUCCCAUGCCAUUGAAUGAGUCGACAUCUGGAGAACGCUGUUUUGCUACGGUCAAGGACAUAACAAAUCAGAUCAUCCAAUGGUAUAUUCAAGGAGGGAAAUUCUGCAAGGCCGACACGAUCAAAGCUUUACAGAAAUGGGUCAACCCGUUCCAACAAAGGGUGGAAAUGACCGGUAUCAACGCUUGGAUGCUUAUGGCCUCCUUGGACUACAAUGCUCGUAUAUCAGUCGAGGCUAUCUUGCCUAACACAAUAACUGAAGUUGCCGCCGACGGCGUUAAGAAGUGGGUGGAACCUUACGAUCUUGCUGGACCGUUCGACGAACCACAGCUCUCUGCAGAUGAUUUCUUCCUUCCACCGAAGGAUGUAUAUCAAGUCAAACCCUUGUAAACAAUCGCCAAAUACAUGGAUAAGAGAAUGGUCGAGCUAUGUUAAGAACCAAAAAAUUACCGCGUGGGAUUGUGAUAAGAUUUGCUGCUUAGCUACUUUGUAAUUACAUAUUCUAUAUCGUGAUAGUCCUGAACUCUUGCCCGCAUUGACUAUAUUGGCCAGUUGUGAUACUGUCAUUUUUUACUCAAUAGUGUCCUAUGAAAAUCAUUCGGGCUUCUUUGGCGCAUCCCGAAUAGCGAGCUAGUAUGAACUGCACAAGCCCUUGUAUUCAUUCCAUCAGACACUCUGACAAUCACGGGAAGAAAUAAUCAGCGGAAUAGAUAGGUAACUAUUAAUUGAAACCUCCGCCAACUACGGUCUGUCUCAUA